AUGCCACCACGCUGGCCGACUACCUCGUGUACAAGGGCAUGCCGUUCCGCACGUCGCACGAUGUGGUGGGGCGCGCCGUGGCCAUCGCGGUGGCGCGCGGUGUGGAGCUGAGCGCGUUGUCGUUGAGUGAGCUGCGCGCGCUGAACCCCAUCUUCGAGGACGACGUGUACUCCUUCCUGGGUGUGGAGAAUUCCAUCAGCAAGUUCCGGUCGUUUGGCUCCACAGGGGCGGCCUGUGUGGACGAGCAACUCAAGUUCUGGCGGGACAAGCUGCAGCUGUGAGGGCGGUGGGGAUACUGGAGGCUUCGUUCCGGAUCAUUGCAUGCAGUAUUAAGAAGCAUAAUUAUUAUUUACCUUCGAUGCCUGAAAGACUAUAUUGUAGUCACCAAGAUAAAAGCAAUUUUGCGCCCAUAGGGAACACCUUCAACAAAAUAU